CUGCGCUCGCCAGAAGGGCAGCGCGGCGCGGGGCGUGCCGGGAAGGCGGGGUGUCCCUGUGGCGGAGCCAUCUUGUCCUGGCCGGGCCGGGCUGAGGGCGCAGCACCAUGAGGGGCUUCCCGGCGGCCGCGGGGUCGCUCUCGAAGAGAUUUUACUCACUUAAAGUUGCUCCUAAGGUUAAAAGCUCACCAACUGCAGCAAAAGUGAAAUUAUCUCCAGAGUCUGAGGAUCUUGAGAUCACAAAAUUACCAAAUGGCUUAGUUAUUGCAUCUCUGGAAAACUUUUCUCCAGUUUCAAGGAUUGGUGUGUUUAUUAAAACGGGCUGCAGACAUGAAACCACCAGUAACCUGGGAACUGCUCACCUGCUUCGUCUUGCAUCUAAUUUGACUACUAAAGGAGCCUCCUCCUUCAGGAUUACUCGUGGCAUUGAAGCUGUUGGAGGCAGCCUGAGUGUGUACUCAACCAGAGAGAAGAUUGCUUACACCGUGGAGUGUCUGCGGGACUACGUUGAUACAGUAAUGGAGUAUCUUCUUAAUGUCACCACAGCAUCAGAGUUCAGACCAUGGGAAGUAGCUGAUCUUCAGCCACAAUUAAGAGUUGAUAAAGCAAUUGCUUUUCAGAGUCCUCAAGUUGGAGUGCUGGAAAACUUGCACGCUGCAGCUUACAAGAAUGCUCUGGCAAACCCCUUGUACUGUCCAGAUUACAGAGUUGGAAAGAUUACUUCUGAGCAGCUUCACCAUUUUGUGCAGAACAAUUUCACAAGUGGGAGGAUGGCUCUGGUCGGAAUAGGUGUAAAGCACUCUGACCUAAAGAAAGUUGCAGAGCAGUUCCUAAAUAUCCGGAGUGGAGCUGGUGCUUCUGGUGCAAAGGCUGUCUAUCGAGGGGGAGAAAUCAGAAAACAGAAUGGUGAUAGCCUUGUCCACGCUGCAAUUGUGGCAGAAGGAGCUGCUGUUGGGAGUGCAGAAGCAAAUACCUUCAGUGUCCUUCAGCACGUUCUGGGUGCUGGGCCCCUUGUCAAGAGGGGAAGCCAUGUUACCAGCAAACUGUGCCAGGGUGUUGCUAAAGCAACUAGCCAGCCAUUUGAUGCUUCUGGAUUUAAUGUUAAUUACUCUGAUUCUGGGCUCUUCGGGAUUUACACCAUAUCCCAGGCUGGAAAUACUGGGGAGGUCAUUAAAGCUGCUUUGAACCAGGUAAAGGCAGUUGCUCAGGGCGGUGUCACCGAUGCCGAGGUCACAACGGCAAAGAAUCAGCUGAAGGCCAACUAUCUGAUGUCAGUGGAAACAGCACAAGGGUUACUGAAUGAAAUUGGCUCCGAGGCGCUGGUUUCUGGCACACACACAUCACCAUCUGCUGUUGCUCAGAAAAUCGACUCUGUAUCCACUGCUGAUGUUGUGAAUGCUGCAAAGAAGUUUGUCAGUGGGAAGAAAUCAAUGGCAGCUAGUGGGGACUUGGGAAAUACCCCUUUCCUUGAUGAGUUGUGAAAACAAAACUGGGAUACAGAUUCAAGAUGGACCUGAGCUCUUAAGUCACCCAUGUUCUACAUAAAUUACCACUAACUUGUUAUUUAUGAAUUCAGUUCUUUCAGAAAAUUAAUCUGGAGUAAUUGUGGGCUUGCACUCAUCAAAUAAAGUGCUGAGUUCAUAUA